AUGGACGAGGAGCGCGUCGUGCUGCUGGGCACGAUCCAGGAGCGCCAGAGCGUCGACAACGCAUCGCCCUAUGUGUGCAAGGCAGGAGGAACUCCGGCCUGGUACUCGGAGCCGCCAUCGGAGGCCAGCAACCUGACGUGUGCGAAGUGCGGCAAAGGAUUGUUCCUGGUCGCUCAAGUGUACGCUCCGGUGGAGACCGACCGGACGUUGUAUGUCUUCGGAUGCAACUCGGUGGCAUGCACGGAGACGCCCGGCAGUUGGCGAGUGUUGCGUGACCAAGUGGAGCCUGUGAAGGAAGUACCGGUGGUAGCUGAAGUCGAAACGUUGACCGAGCAAGUGGAUAAGGUGAAGCUCGCGUGGGGCUCGGAUAGCGAUGACAGCGACUGGGGUGACGACGAAGACGACAGCAAGCCGCAGACUCCAGCGGCUGAUCUUGUGGAUCUCGAGGCACUUCUACAGCAGAGAGAUGAUGCUAUGAAGACUAGUGCAAAGACCACCAAGGCGGCUCCAGCGCCAAAGAAGGCGGAUACUGCGAAGAAAAAUGUUCCGGUGGGCAAGCAAAACGCCUUUCCAGCUCUGCCGAUUGAAGUGAUCGACGAGCCGUAUGAAGACUACACGGCCGAGCACGACUUCGCGCACGAGAACAAACUGCUCGAGCAGUAUAUGAAGCAGGAGGAAGAGGAGAAGUCCGCCGAUAUCGGAGACCUACGUACUGUGAUUUCGAACUCAAAGAAGAAAGGAGCGGGUGCUCAAGCAACCGGAGCUGCUUCUUCAACUGGUGAAUCGUACGAGAAAACACCCGCACAGCAGCGUCAUUUGCUGCGAUUCCAGAAGCGCAUUAGCCGUUGCCCUCUGCAGUGCCUUCGCUACGACUACGGCGGCGAGCCGCUAUGGCCUGUGGUGAUUCCGCAGAACCUCAAGGUGCCGAACUGCCCAGGAUGCGGCGAAGAACGCUCGUUCGAGAUGCAGCUGACGCCGACGAUCAACUACUUCCUCAAGGUGGACGAGUUCGCAGCAGCCGACACUCCGUCGCAGCAGAAGUCUGACGGCAUCGCAGGCGACGCUCCGAAAGCAAUCGCGCCUCCAGGCGGCAUGGACUGGCUUAGUCUCAUUGUCUACAGCUGCUCCGCAAGCUGCACACAGAGCCACGAGGAGUUCAUCUACGUAGUGCCCUCGCCCACGUCCUAG